UAUUGCAUAUAAUUUUGAAUUUUUAUGGUUGUAGCUCUUGGUUUAGAAGGUAGUGCAAAUAAGUUGGGAAUCGGAAUUAUUCAAGAUGGGAUAGUUCUAUCAAAUCCUCGAAAAACCUAUGUCACACCGCGUGGGCAAGGUUUUUUACCUAGAGACACUGCAGCACACCAUCAAACUGUAAUACUAGAAGUUUUAAAAGAAGCUUUGAAUGCCGCUAAAAUUUGCCCCAAAGAUAUAGAUAUUAUAUGUUAUACAAAAGGUCCAGGUAUGGGUGCUCCAUUGUUAUUGGUUGCACAGGUUGCCAGAACAUUAUCAUUAAUUUGGAAUAAACCUUUAAUUGGAGUUAAUCAUUGCAUUGCCCACAUAGAGAUGGGUAGGUUAAUAACAGGUGCUAAAAAUCCUGUAAUUUUAUAUGUCAGUGGGGGAAACACUCAAAUCAUAGCCUACUCGGGACAACGAUAUCGAAUUUUUGGUGAAACAUUGGACAUAGCGGUAGGAAAUUGCUUGGACAGAUUCGCCCGAAUGCUUAAACUUCCUAACGAUCCUUCACCGGGUCAAAAUAUAGAAAUUUUCGCUAAAACUCUUGGUUUUGGUAAAUAUUAUUCACUACCAUACGUUGUUAAAGGAAUGGAUGUUUCCUUUUCAGGCAUUCUUAGCCAUCUCGAAAAUGCUAUUAAUAAAUACGGUGUUGAAAAGGGGAAAGAAAAUUCAGUAGAAAAUAUUAAGCCCUCUUCACCCUUUAUCAAUUACCAAAACGAGAUUUAUACCGCAGCAGAUUUGUGUUAUUCCCUACAAGAAACAGUAUUCGCUAUGUUGGUCGAAAUAACUGAGAGAGCUAUGGCCCAUUAUAAAACAGAAAAUGGGCAUGAUACUUCCUACGAAGAGGUUUUGGUUGUAGGAGGUGUAGGUUGCAAUCUCCGAUUGCAGGAGAUGCUGAAUUUUAUGGCUCAGGAAAGGAAUGCUAGAUCCUAUGCAACGGACGAAAGAUUUUGCAUUGAUAAUGGAGCUAUGAUAGCUUACACUGGCAGUCUAAUGCACUCUUCAGGUAUCUCCACACUCAUCGAAGAAUCAUAUAUAACUCAAAAAUAUAGGACGGAUGAUGUCCUCGUCACUUGGCGAUAAAUAAUUUGAAUUAUAUCUAAUAUAUUAGAAAUGUUUGGCCAAUAAAAAAUUGA